GCUAACUGGCAGGUGCACGUCACUAACCAUAGAAGCGUAUGGGAUAUUCGUACUACGACGUGACAUCCUUUAUCGACUGGAAUAAACUGAUUACCUACAAUGGGUAGCUGAUACAAAGCCCAUUCUCUAUCCCCGCCUUUCUGUUACACUUUUAAAAGACUACUGCGCUGUGAACUACUCCUUUUUCUAUUAUUACAAUCCACGCACACAGAGACCACGCAAACGCACUGCAGCAACUCUACUGGUUGCUAUGGCGACGACAUGCUACAGUACAAAUGCCGCCCCCAAGUUCGUCAUCAUAAACAAUCAGACACAAACCAGAGGAGUCAACCACGAUUUGCCUUCAGAGUUUGGUUCUUUUGAGUGCUCUGCACUGGGCAUCUCAAUGAGAAGGAGAAACAGAGAUUGUAAGACCAACUCCAAAGCCACACCAGAGAGAAAUGGCUUCAAUUUCAAUCACAGAUGAGGACCUGUCCUGUCCAGUGUGUAAAGGCAUUUUCAGAGACCCUGUCAUACUCUCCUGCAGCCACAGCUUCUGCGAGGACUGUGUGAAAACCUCUUGGGAGACGAGAGGAGACAGGCAGUGCCCUGUGUGUAGGGCGUCUUCAGAAGGCCCGGCCCCAGUACUCAAUCUGCAUCUCAGGAACCUCUGUGCGAUUUUCCAAGAGGAGGGAAAUCGAAGAGGACUCCUGUGCAAACUCCACCGCUCAGAACUCAAGCUCUUCUGUAAAGACGACAAGCAGCUGAUCUGCCUGGUGUGUAGAGACUCAAAGCUCCAUGACAACCACAACAUCAGCCCCGUCAGUGAAGCAGCAGCUGAAUAUAUGGAGGAACUGAAGAGGAAACUCGAGGCCAUAGAGGAGGUGCCACCUGACUGUAAACGAGCUAAAACAACCAAAAGGGACGACCCCGCUCAACACAUCCGAGAUGAACUGGCUGUCGUACUGCCGUCAUUUAAGGAGAAGCUGGAUGCCCUUGAAAAAGCUAAAGAAACAUUUGAUGAAACAGCCCAGUAUAUCCAGGUUCAGGCCCAACGGGCAGAGGAGAUCAUCAAGGAGGCGUUUGAAGUGUUUCAUACCUUUCUACGUUCAGAGGAAGAGGGCUGGAUAGCCGAACUGAAGGAAGAAGAGGAGCAGAAGAGUCAGAUGAUGAAGGAAAAGAUUGAGAAGAUGAGCGGAGAGAUCUCAUCUCUCUCAGACACCAUCAGAGCCAUUGAGGAGGUCCUGCAGUCUAAUGACGUCACGUUUCAAAACCUCAAGUCAAUGGUGGAAAGAACCCUGUGCACUCUGCAGGAUCCAGAGAAGCUUCCGCAAGGAGCUCUGAUCAAUGUGGCAAAGUAUCGGGGCAACUUUUACCAGAAAGUCUGGAAGGAUUUGGGCAAGUCCUUGGGUGAAUAUAAUCCUGUGAUUCUGGACCCCAACACCGCGGGCAUGUGCGUCACCCUGUCUGACUGCCUGGAUUGGGUGCAAUACUACCCUCAAGGGCACGAGCUUCCCAAUAACCCAGAGAGAUUCAUCGCACGGAACGGCGCGCUGGCUGAGAGUGACCUAGAGGGGUUAAUCGUGGAGGACUGUGUGCUGGGCUCAGAGGGCUUUAACUCGGGGACUCACUGCUGGGACGUGGAGGUUGGGCGCUUCGGUGAGUGGUCUGUGGGGCUGAAGUCGGAGAGCUCCAGUAGGAAGGCACCUGACUCCAACUGGCAAGGAUUCUGGGGUAUCCAUUAUCAUUGCAUUACACCUUUGCCUAAUUAUGGCGAAUAUGAUGUUCGUUCUCCGGACACGUCUCCUAUUCCCCUCACAGUGGACCAGAGACUCUUUAGGAUCAGAGUGCAGCUGGACUGGGACAGAGGAGAGCUGUCAUUCACUGACCUCAGGAACAACACACGCCUGCACACUUUCACACACGCCUUCACAGAGAGGAUGUUUCCGUGCUUUAUGGUAUAUUGCUGCUAUCUGCAGAUUUUGUCAGUGCCACCUAGUGCAGUGACCUAUAACAUGGGCCCCUGGGCCAGACAGCAAGAGCUCCCGGGCCUGACGGCAUGGGCCCCUGGGCCAGACAACAAGGGAGUCCCCUCCUCCGUGGAAUCGUAAAUGUCUAAAAGAUUAAGGUGUUUAUUGAAAAUGCUGGAGAGCUUUAGUUGUUGGUAGUUUCUACCCCGAGAAAAUGUGAAAACACAGUAGAGAGAUGUGCAUUUUUUUAUAUUUGUUUUCUGCGCAUUUUAGCUUUUAAUCAGACGGGACAGUCAAAGAUUGAGAUUGGGCGAGACAACAAGGAAGUCCCCUCCUCCAUGGGGCUUAAAUGUGAACCUUCCACAUUCAUACCAUACAUGUGACCCAUUUGUUACAGGGUUCCAAUGUUAUUUACUGCUAUUCCGUUGUCUUGUUUGGGUAUUAACAAUGUUAUUUACUGCUAUUCCGUUGUCUUGUUUGGGUAUUAACAAUGUUAUUUACUGCUGUUCCGUUGUCUUGUUUGGGUGUUAAAGGGACAGUUUGGUCAAUUUCAACAUGCAGUUGUAUUGCUCACGCUACCCUUGACUUGUCAGUACCUGGUGAUGCCACAUUUUUCGGCUCAGCCCUUUCCGAGAUAUGAGCAAUUCUAAUGGGGGCAGCGUUUGUUUACAUUUAAAAAAAAUGAAACAUAGGCCAACUCCAAAUAUUUUCCCAAAAGGUACUGCUGUUUGCUAGUUGUCUGCUGAUGUUUUAUAACAUUUUGAAUGUUUUUGGGAAUAAAUAAAAAAACAUUUUUGAAAUGUAAACAUUACAAUGACCAGGAUCUCGGAAACGGCUGAAGAAGAAGGAAAAAAAAUCUCAGGCACUGACAAGUCCAGGGUAGUGUGAGCAUUACAACUGCAUGUUGAAAUUGACCAAACUGUCCCUUUAACAAUGUUAUUUACUGCUGUUCCGUUGUCUUGUUUGGGUGUUAACAAUGUUAUUUACACAAUCUGUUCUAUUGUGUUGUUUGGGUGUUAACAAUGUUAGGGUUUCCUGCUGAAUAUUUCUUAGUCAAGGUGGGUGGGGGGUUAGCAGAGAUGCCAACAGUUUUAAAAAGUAAGGAAAAGUGAAAAGGAAACAGUUUUAGUCACAAUUGAGCAAAUGGUGUAUCAGGUUUAUAAUAUUAUGUGUUAGUGUGUUAUUUACAGCACAAAUUUCCUUUUACCUGUAGCUACUUUUGACACCUCUGGUGGUUAAACGAUAUGUGACGAUAUGCGACAUCCUCAGAAAGAGCCAUGGUGUAUUUUUGUUUUCGUUAAAUAUGACAUGAAACCCCACAAAAUGAACACCUUAUACAUUUGUCUUAAUCAAAAUUUGAAAUAAAUCAACUUUUGAAAUUCAUA